UCUCCCAGGCGCAGCGGGGCUCGGCGAGCCCGCGGAAGCGCUGGGGCCGGCGGCUGCUUUCCGCUGCUCCCCUGAGGCGCCGGGCUCCGGAGACCCGCGGACGGGCUCUGGUGGCUUGAAGGGGCGUCGGGGGGCGCUGCCCGUCGGGGAGGCGGAGGCUCCGGGCGGGGGGAGCUUCAGGGCCGGGGGCCGUGUUGUUCGUUCCCCCUCGGCUCCCGGUCUUGGCCGCCUCCCCCGGUGCGGGGCUGCCUCUCCCGUCCCCUAGCUGGCCCCGCCUCGGGCCUCGGCGCUGGAACCGAACGCACCGGGGAGCGAGAGGGGCCUUUAAGGAGAAGCACGGUUACAGAAGUGGUAGUGAGGUCAUCUAAAAUUCCAAGUGCCUCUUUCCCAGGAUCCUCCUCCUUCUGUCCCUGAAACAGUGAGUGCAUAGUGACAAAAAUGUCUCUCCUGUACGAAUCUAUGCUUAAACUGGUUUCUGUUGUAAGUUUACCAAAAGAUUAAGAAGAUGCCUCCAAGACCAUCAUCUGGUGAACUAUGGGGCAUCCAUUUGAUGCCACCAAGGAUCCUUGUAGAAUGUCUUCUACCUAAUGGAAUGAUAGUGACUCUAGAAUGCCUCCGUGAGGCCACACUACUGACUAUCAAGCAUGAACUCUUUAAAGAAGCAAGAAAAUACCCUCUUUAUCAGCUCCUUCAAGAUGAAUCUUCUUACAUUUUCGUAAGUGUUACACAAGAAGCAGAAAGGGAAGAAUUUUUUGAUGAAACACGACGACUUUGCGACCUGCGGCUCUUUCAGCCUUUUUUAAAAGUAAUUGAACCAGUAGGCAACAGAGAAGAAAAGAUUCUUAAUCGGGAAAUUGGUUUUGCCAUUGGCAUGCCUGUCUGUGAAUUUGAUAUGGUUAAGGAUCCAGAAGUACAGGACUUCAGAAGAAAUAUUCUUAAUGUAUGUAAAGAAGCAGUGGAUCUUCGAGAUGUGAAUGCACCCCAUAGUAGAGCACUGUAUGUCUGUCCGCCAAAUGUUGAAUCUUCACCUGAACUGCCCAAGCACAUAUACAGUAAACUAGAUAAAGGGCAAAUAAUAGUGGUGAUAUGGGUAAUAGUGUCCCCGAACAAUGACAAGCAGAAAUAUACCUUAAAAAUCAACCAUGACUGUGUUCCUGAGCAAGUUAUUGCUGAAGCAAUCAGGAAAAAAACACGAAGUAUGUUGCUGUCAUCUGAACAACUAAAACUCUGCGUUUUAGAAUACCAGGGCAAGUAUAUUUUAAAAGUGUGCGGCUGUGAUGAAUACUUGCUAGAAAAAUAUCCUCUGAGCCAGUAUAAGUACAUAAGAAGUUGUAUAAUGCUUGGCCGAAUGCCCAACUUGAUGCUGAUGGCUAAGGAAAGCCUUUAUACCCAGCUGCCACUGGAUACCUUUACAAUGCCAUCUUAUUCCAGGCGGAUCUCCACAGCUACACCAUACAUGAAUGGCGAAGCUUCAGCCAAAUCUCUCUGGGUCAUAAACAGUGCUCUCAGGAUAAGAAUUCUUUGUGCCACCUAUGUAAAUGUAAACAUUCGAGACAUUGACAAGAUCUAUGUCCGAACUGGUAUCUACCAUGGAGGAGAACCAUUAUGUGACAAUGUGAAUACUCAAAGGGUACCUUGUUCCAAUCCCAGAUGGAAUGAAUGGCUGUCAUAUGACAUGUACAUUCCUGAUCUCCCACGGGCUGCUCGGCUUUGCCUUUCCAUCUGCUCUGUUAAGGGAAGAAAGGGGGCUAAGGAGGAACACUGCCCAUUGGCUUGGGGAAAUAUAAACAUGUUUGAUUAUACAGACACUCUUGUGUCUGGGAAAAUGGCUUUGAAUCUGUGGCCUGUGCCUCAUGGGCUGGAAGAUCUGCUAAAUCCUAUUGGCGUUACUGGGUCAAAUCCAAAUAAGGAAACUCCAUGUUUAGAGCUGGAAUUUGAUUGGUUUAGCAGCCCUGUAAAGUUUCCAGACAUGACAGUGAUUGAAGAACAUGCCAAUUGGACUAUAUCUCGAGAACUAGGGUUUAACUACAGCCAUGCGGGGCUGAGUAACAGGCUAGCUAGAGAUAAUGAAUUAAGAGAAAGUGACAAAGAGCAACUCCGUGCAAUUUGUACACGAGACCCUCUGUCUGAAAUUACUGAGCAAGAGAAGGACUUCCUUUGGAGCCACAGACACUAUUGUGUAAAUACCCCAGAAAUUCUACCAAAACUACUUUUGUCUGUUAAAUGGAACUCUAGAGAUGAAGUAGCCCAGAUGUACUGCUUGGUAAAAGACUGGCCUCCAAUCAAGCCAGAACAGGCAAUGGAGCUUUUGGACUGUAAUUACCCUGACCCAAUGGUGCGAGCGUUCGCAGUUCGCUGUCUGGAGAAGUAUUUGACAGAUGAUAAACUGUCUCAGUACUUAAUCCAGCUAGUACAGGUUCUGAAAUAUGAGCAAUAUUUGGAUAAUCUGCUGGUGAGAUUUUUACUCAAGAAGGCACUGACCAAUCAAAGGAUAGGACACUUUUUCUUUUGGCACUUAAAGUCUGAAAUGCACAAUAAAAAUGUAAGCCAGAGAUUUGGUUUACUUUUGGAGUCCUACUGUCGAGCAUGUGGGAUGUACCUAAAACAUUUGAGCAGGCAGGUGGAGGCUAUGGAGAAACUGAUAAACCUCACAGAUAUUCUCAAGCAGGAGAAGAAGGAUGAGACACAAAAGGUACAGAUGAAGUUUCUUGUUGAACAAAUGAGGCGGCCAGAUUUCAUGGAUGCUUUACAAGGCUUUAUUUCUCCUCUUAACCCUGCUCAUCAGCUGGGAAAUCUCAGGCUUGAGGAGUGCAGGAUUAUGUCCUCUGCAAAAAGGCCACUGUGGUUGAACUGGGAAAACCCAGAUAUUAUGUCUGAACUGCUGUUUCAAAACAAUGAGAUCAUCUUUAAAAAUGGAGAUGAUUUACGUCAGGAUAUGCUGACACUUCAGAUCAUUCGAAUUAUGGAAAACAUCUGGCAAAAUCAGGGUCUUGAUCUUCGGAUGUUGCCUUAUGGCUGUUUGUCUAUUGGUGAUUGUGUGGGACUUAUUGAGGUGGUGAGAAGCUCUCACACAAUUAUGCAGAUUCAGUGUAAAGGUGGUCUAAAGGGCGCAUUGCAGUUCAACAGCCACACAUUACAUCAGUGGCUCAAGGACAAAAACAAAGGAGAAAUGUAUGAUGCAGCUAUUGAUUUGUUUACACGCUCUUGCGCUGGCUAUUGUGUUGCUACCUUCAUAUUGGGAAUUGGUGAUCGUCACAACAGUAACAUCAUGGUGAAAGAUGACGGACAACUGUUUCACAUUGAUUUUGGACACUUCCUGGAUCACAAGAAGAAAAAAUUUGGUUACAAACGAGAGCGUGUGCCAUUUGUCUUAACGCAAGAUUUCUUAAUAGUGAUUAGUAAAGGAGCCCAAGAAUGUACCAAAACAAGGGAAUUUGAAAGGUUUCAGGAGAUGUGUUAUAAGGCUUACUUAGCAAUUCGGCAGCAUGCCAAUCUCUUCAUAAAUCUCUUUUCCAUGAUGCUUGGCUCAGGAAUGCCAGAAUUACAGUCCUUUGAUGAUAUUGCAUACAUUCGAAAGACACUUGCACUGGACAAAAGUGAACAAGAAGCUCUAGAAUAUUUCAUGAAACAGAUGAAUGACGCUCAUCAUGGUGGCUGGACAACGAAAAUGGACUGGAUCUUCCACACAAUAAAGCAGCAUGCCUUGAACUGAAAUGAAAGUGAAGAAUUCAAAAAAAACUGAUAACCCACUUAUGGGUGCUACACUGCACUGUUAAUACUUGUCAGCAGCAAAGACUGGUUGCAUAGGAAUUGCACAAACCACAGACGGCAUUAGAAUUUACAGCAGGAGCAGAGAUGAAAUAUCCAGAUGUUCAGGAAUAAAAGGGGGGGGGGGUGGGUUCGGAUAGCACUAAAACUGUACACUUCAAAAUUAAGCUUUCGUGUGAUCUGCAAUUUCAUAUUAUGCCUUAAACCCAAAAAGGUAAACUUGGAAGAUUGGCAGGGGGUUUAUUUGCUUUUAAUUUGGAUAGUUUGGGGAAAGGAAAAUCAUGCUAUCAUCAGAAAUAGUCCAUCGCAUAUUACAAUAGGUCUAGUAUCACUUUAAAGAUUAUGUAGGGUUUCAAAGAGUUGAAAAGGAAGAAAACAGUGUUUUCAUGGUUAUUAAGAUAGUAGGUAUAGUGUUGAAAUUGAAGGCAUUUUCAGCUCAAAGAUUUAAAAGAUUAAAGUAAGGGAACAGUUUCUUUUAAAUUUAGUCAGAGGCAUAAUAUAUAUUGGUUUUAAUUGAACCUUUGACUUCUGGGUUUGUCAUCUGCGCUAUUUUGAAAGUAGUAGGAAAUAAGCCUACUAUGUAUGGUAUUGUCCUGGACAAUAUUUGUAGAGAUGAAAUUUGUAGCUUCAAAGAAACUCUGGUCCCCACCAUCCCAAAUGACUGGCUUAGAAUUUGAAUGGACAAGAUAGGGUUCAGUGCAACAAAACAUUAUAAUGUUCACUUUGGGGUUUGAUUUAAUCUAACUUGAACACAAUAGAUUUUUUUCACACGUUUUCCAGAGCCUAGCGAAGGGUUAGUUAUUAAAGUUAUUGAAAGAUUAUUUUUAUAAAGGCUAUUUAUAUAAUAGGAACUAUUAAUAUAUAUUCUUUAUUUACAUGAUUUGUCCCAUAUUCACUCACUUAAUUUUGCAAUCUAGUUCUCUCUGUCCAAGACUCUCAUUGUCCAUCAUGUGACUGAUGUUCAGCUAUACUCACAGGACCAAAUUCAACCCUGGUGAAAGAGUAUACAAGUACCACUGAAAUCAGUGGGAGAUAUACCCACUUGUGCCAGAGGUGAACUUGGCCAAAGUCUCUUCAAAGAAUCUCAGGCAAUAUUCUUAACAUUACUUUGGGCUGGUCUAUAAUACCAUGGUAAGUUGACCCAUGUUACGCUACUUUAGUUACGUGAAUAACGUAACUGAAGUGACAUAGCUUAGGUCGACUUAUUGCAGUGUCUACACCACGCUGUGUUGAUGGGAGAUGCCCUCCCGCGACAUACCUUGCUCUUCUCAGGGAGCUGGAAUACAGGAAUCAAUGGGAGAGCGCUCUGCCAUCAACUUAGUGGGUCUUCACCAGACCCACUAAAUCAGCACUGCUGCAUCAAUUGCAGCAUUGUGGAUCUACCAGUAAGUGUAGACAUGACCUAAGUGAUAUGCUGGCUGUUCAAGGAAUGUAUGGUUAAACUCUCAGCCUCUGGGUCCACCUUUUCUCUCUUUUUGUUCUUUCCUGCUCCUUUGAAAGUAGCUGCUUAAUUCCUAUAACCAACACAUGAGAAAUAAAUUUGGAUUUUCAAAAUGAUCACCAGCUACUUACAGCAAAUACUUUGGAAACUCACAGCGUAUAGAGCUGCCAAACAAACAUUUUAUAGCAUGCAUGCUCUUGCACACGCGCUCUGGCUUUUUCAUGUGCUCUGUAUGAGAAUGUGAGAGAAAAAUCUAAUUGUUGGGCACCAGUUUCGCAAGUAUCAAGACUACCAGAGGUUUUUAGAUUGUCCUUAUGCACAGCUGCAGGCAGAACUUGGGAUUCUGAAACACUUUUUUUAUAAACUCUUAAAUAUUUUUGACAAUAAGUUGCUAAACCCAGGAUUCUGUGGAUGACAUUUACUCCCGUGUUUUAAACUUGUUAAAUUCGCAGCAUUUGAAGUGAAUUCCAAAAGUCCGGAAGUUUGAGGCGGAUGGGUUUAUUCGCAUGCAUGCACGCAGACAGACGUGUGUGUGUAGGUGCCACUCAAAGGAAGUGCAAUACCAGAUGUAAUAUAAAUGUGCUGUCAGUUGAUAUUAGAGUAUAACUUCAUAAAUACAGCCUGUACAAAGUACAAUUUAUUUAUAAAGUAUUGAGUGGUUGGAUUCAUUUAGCAAAUUGUAAUACAUUAAAAAUGUGCAAUCAAUUAUAUUAUAGAAGGCAUGGAUAGCAGUAAAUUGAGAAUUGUACAGCCAAGGCUUUUAUUUGGUCUUAAGACAAUUUUGUAAUCAUUUGAUUCCUACAGUUAGUUAAACACACGGGUAAUAUAUCGUAGUAAAACACUUCAUGAAAAUACAAAGAAAUACUAAGAUUUGAA